AUGAGAACUCCUUUAUCGCGGCUCGUAUUUCUGGCGGCCCUGUUGGUCCAUGGAUAUGGUUGGAGAUCGGACAGCGAAGAGUGCGCUCUGCCUCUAAAACACUUCAAGUACAUAUCUCCAACUGGUUAUGGUGAAAAAUGUAUAUCGUAUACCAAUGUUUCCGAAGCUUUCCAUGAAGCAUGCAGAGGAGUAUUGGGCAUAGAGCCUGGAACCAACGAUCUAACGGAUAUUCAGUUGGAUAAUUUGGGUGAUGUAAUUCAAGAAACAACGAGAAUUUUAUGCGAAUGGUUUGGACUAACAAAAGAUCAAGUGCGAAGUCUAUUACCAAUUAUAAAUACGGAAAACACUGAUAUUGGAGCUUACUGUCCGAAAGAGCUAAAAACGUAUCCGGGAAAUGAUUGUGGAGAUGGAAUCGGGUUCCGUUCGAUCGACGGGAGAUGUAAUAACUUUGUUCAUCCACAUUGGGGCGCUGCGAAAUUACCUUUUAAAAGACUUCUACCACCCGAUUAUGGUGACGGUAUCAAGUCGAUCAGGACGAGCAUAACCGGAUUUCCGUUACCCAACCCUAGGUCUGUUUCUGCCCGCGUGCACAAAGACAUAGCUAGACCACAUCGCACUGAUAUAACGUUUUUGUUUGCCGCCUUUGGACAGCUUAUCGACCACGAUCUCACUCUCACUGCGGAAACCAAAGACCCGAUCACCAGACAAGAGAUCAAAUGUUGUUCGGGAGCCAACAAUCCAUAUUGCAUACCGAUCAACGUGCCGAUCGAUGAUCAGUUUUUCGUGGGCAGUCAUCGUCAGAGGUGCAUCGACAUGAUAAGAUCGCUGGCCGGCGUCAGUACCGAUUGUCCUCUAGGUCCCCGUGUCCAGACCAACGCUUUGACAUCUCCUAUAGACGCCAACUUCAUAUAUGGUUCCAACGAAAAUCUGGCAAAUAAACUCCGGUCGUUCGAGGGUGGAAAAUUAACCAUGGUCCCGGUACUAGCGGGUAACCGGCUCAAGCCAAUAUUGCCCCCAAAGAAGGACCAACCGGACGACGGAUGCAUCAGACCUCACCCGGACCUUUAUUGUUUCCUGGCCGGUGACAAUCGUGUGAACGAACAACUGGCUCUAGGCGUGCUCCACACGAUUUUCACUAGAGAACACAACCGAAUAGCUGACGAACUGUGCACGAUCAAUCCUCACUGGGACGACGAACGACUCUAUCAGGAAUCGCGGAGAAUCGUGGGAGCGAUAGUCCAGCACAUUACUUACAAUGAGUUCCUGCCGAAGCUUUUGGGCAAGUUCACGAUGAAAAAGUACGGUCUGGAGCUUACAGCACAAGGGUUUGGUAAUAGCUACGACCCGGAUACGGACAUCACGGUGCCGGCCUCCUUCGGCGCCGCCGCCUUCCGGUUCGGUCACUCGCUGUUGCCCGACGCCAUGGAACGCUGGAGUUCCGGUCACAAGUUUUUGGGCUCCAGGCGGUUCAGCGAAAUGUUCCAGCAACCGUACGACCUUCACAAGCCAGGCUGGCUGGACCAGUAUCUAUUGGGUAUGGUCAACCAAGCGUCCCAGGCCAUGGACGACGCGGUGACGUCUCAGGUCACCAACCACCUGUUCCAGGAACCAGCCAACGAUUACGGCAAGGACUUGGCGUCCAUCAACAUACAACGGGCCCGGGAACACGGGAUACCCAGCUACUCGGCCUGGCGGCAAUACUGCAAGCUACCGGCGAUCAAGUCAUGGAGCUCGAUGCUGACGGACAUCAGCAAUGCCACUGUGAAGGCGUACUACGACCUCUACACGACUCCGGAGGACGUGGACCUGUGGUCCGCGGGAGUGUCGGAAAGGUCAAUCGAGGACAGUAUCGUUGGACCAACGUUCGGGUGCAUCAUAGCCAAGACGUUUAGCGAUCUGAAAAAGGGCGAUCGGUUUUGGUACGAGAACUCCGGUCUACCGAACUCGUUCACGCUAGAGCAAUUGACGGAAAUAAAAAAAAUCAAAUUAUCGCGAGUGUUGUGUGACAACAGCGACAAUAUCGUAACAAUUCAACCGUUCGCUUUGGAAUUGCCGUCGCAGCAAAAGAACAACAGGGUUUCUUGUAAAGGACACAUACUACCACAGAUAGAUUUAUGGGCUUGGAAAGAAUAUACAGGCUGCUGUAGCAGCAGCAUCAAAAAGAAAGUACCAAACUUGAAUAACCUAAACCCACAAAUACACAAGGUUCAAAUAAAUGAAUGGAACAAAGAGGACGAUAAUCUGCAUAAGUUCAUCCAAGCAAUAGCUGUAAACAUAUCGUCAUCAAAACCUACAAACUCAUGGAAAUAA